CUCCUGAUCGGUCAGCUCACCGAUCAGCUGGCUGGCUCAGUCGUGAGCUGAGCUGAGCUUCUUGAGCUCAUCUGGGUUUCUAUUUUUAUCCUCUAAUAAUUCUUCAAUUUGGUUCUGAAAUUUUUGCCCUUUGGGCUGUCUCUCUUUCACCAUGGAACCGAUUAGAUUCCGCUCUUCGGUCUGAAGGCAUGGCUCGAUGGGGGGGAGGCCCGGUGUCGUGCUCACGGGCAAACCCUAGUGAUUAUGCCUAUUGUUGGAUCGGAUGUGAUUUUACUUUUAUUUAUCUUUUAUCUAUUUUGAUUAAAUUGGGACUUUUUGGGUAUAUACAGUGGAGGGUUUGGUUCAAGCUUGGAUCUUUUUUGGUCAUCUGUUCAGCCUUUAUCAUUGUCCCCCACCCCCUUUUUUUUAAGGUGCCCCCCAAAAAAAAAAAAACCCUAAUUUGUCCUUUUUUUUCCCUUCCAACUCUUAACACAUUUCCAUCUGGGUCUGGGUUUUGUCCAAGUUGUAUUCAUCUGACGACUGCUCCACCUAUAUUGUUCCCCAUAAUAAUAUUCAAGAUGGAGAGCAGCUCAAAUCGUGAGGGGGAGGAGGGUGUCCAGUGCACCCGAUCAUUGUCAGGUCCUAAUUUGAAGCAUGAUGAAUCGUUCAUACAGAUAGACUCAAUAUCGAUAGAUCUCCCCAAUGUUAACAGUAAGAAUGACAAGACAACAAAGUGUGAGCACUUUUCUAUACGCAAAUAUGUCUCCGAUAUGCGCUUAAAGGACGAUAAGGCGUGUUGGCCGUUCGAAUCCAAUACGAAAUCUGGUCCCACAGAGUUACAGUCAAAGUACCCUCUUCCUCCACUCGAUGUGCCAAAAUUCCGUUGGUGGCAGUGCCAAAACUGUCUCCAGGGAAUUUGCGAUAAAGAAAAUGGAAAAUCGGUGCUCGUUAACGACCUGAGCGUUGAAUGUAAUUCUGAUGGCCCAUCGUGCACCGACAUUGCCUUGACAAGGAGUGAGACUAUGGUGCUUGUCUCCGAUUUUAAGCAGAUUCUCAUAUUAGAUAAUGGUGCUGAUAAAAGAGAAGCUGAUGCUGAUUGUUUGGUUGGAGUGACUGCAAAUGAGCCCCGUGCUUUGUUGCGUAGUGAUAAGAGAGAAGAAAGAGAUGGUGGAAGUGAUGCUGCUGUUGAAGUUCCCGAGAAUGGCUUGGAAGAUAAUGUUUAUUCAGAACCUUGUAGACCAAAUCCUAAUGCGGCAAAAGUUAAUGAUGUGUCCCAAGGGCAGGAACAAGAGGCAGAAGAUGCAGUGUGUCAUCAAUCAAUAUCAGUCAAUCACAACAGAACUGGUGUUGCAGGUUCGCCCAAAAAUCUUCAAUUGCAAGGAGAUGCUUCUCAUGAUUGUGAUCGGGAAACGAAGGAGAUCAGGUAUUCUCAAACUUUAUCGGUAGCUGUUGAUGGGGUUAAUGGUGGACCUGACAGUCUCACGGUUCGGCAAAAUGGGCAUACCUCUGAUGAACUUCACUACCCGUCAUCUGACAGCGCAGAGGUCGGCCCUGGUUAUAGAUCUCGAGAUAAGCCUGGUGCUUUACACCGUAGAAAAGUACGAAAGGUGAGGUUGCUGAGUGAUUUGCUGGGUCAGAGUGGAAAUUUGAAUAUGAAUAAUAUCAGGAGAGAAGAGUCUCCUUUGCCUGCAAUCUCUGAUGCAUCUGAAGAAUCUGGUGCGAAGAAGGUUUGCCCGGGGAGGAAAAUGAAGAGGAAGUUUCCUCUGGACAAUGAAUAUAAGGCGGUUGUUUCGAACAAGGAUGCUAAUGAAGUUGAAAUUAUCAUGGGAGAUGCUGAAGAAAAUCGGAAAGAAGUCGUGGGUGAUGUAUUUGCUAAGAUGGAUCCAAGAAGUUUGGUGAAGAGUGGGUGGACUGUGCAUGGGGAAGAAGCGCAUUCAGGAUUACUUAAGAAGAAAAGAAAGAAGAAGAAGAAUGAAGUAGAACCCCUCCAACCUGAAGUUGCAAAGGCUGUUGUAUCUGAAAAGGAAAACGAUGCGUAUUCUUUGAUGGGUCAUGUACGUGCACUGAAGAAUGACUUGACUAAACAUAUUGAUGACGAGAGCAUCAGAACUGUAACAAAGAUAAAGAAGAAGAAGAAGAAGAAGAACAAACUAACCCAAGAAUCUUUCCAAGAAAAAAUUAGUGAAACAAGGGGCAAAGUUGCUGUUGAUGUCUCUACCACAUCAUAUGGCCAAGAUGCAUUAACGGGGAGAGAAAUGGGUUCUCCAUUCUCUUCUAUGCUUAAAAUGGACGGGAAUUCAUGUAUGUGUAAGAAGAAGAGUAAGAUGCCUCAGGGAGAAGAUGAUCAUACUGCCCGAAUAUCUCAGAGUAGCAGUAGUAAGCUCAGAGAAGAUUCGGUUACUGGGAUCAAAUUUGGGCUGGUGCAAAGCCCUGCCACCAUUAGAUUUCUUGCGGAUGGUGAUGGUACUGUAAAGAAGGGCAUCGGUUUUUCUUCAUACGGUGAUAAAACUGAAGCAAAACAUGGUCUUUCUCUUGAUUAUGGGCCAGCUUCGACAAUGCCAUGGCGACAGGUAGGUCCAGAAGAAGGUCAAGUUCGUAAGGAAAAUACAGUGAGCACUCAUCUGGAGCCAAAAUAUGCUUCUAAUAGGCCGGAUGAAUUUUCGAAGAGGGGAGUUCAUCAUAAUCACACAAGCAAGGAGCCAACUUAUAGCAUGCCUUAUAUAAACGAGAAGCAGAGUUACACCUCUCAGUUCGGGGAUAUGGGUCGUUUUCUGAUGCCACAAAAGGAAAUUUCUGUUGCAAGUAGCAAGGGAGAAUUUACUGGAUCCAGGGAGAAGUCAACUGUUAUGAAGAAUCAUAGCAGCAAAACAUCCACUAAAGCAUCUGCUCGGGGAACUUGUUCGGAUGAUAUACCGAUGGAAAUUGUGGAACUUAUGGCCAAGAUUCAAUAUGAAAACUCUCUCCAUGAUACCGUAACAGAUAAAACCCAAUUGGAUACCGGGAAAUCACCAAGUUACCAGAAUCUGAGGUAUGGUGAUGAAUAUAAGAAUGGGGAGCCAAACUUGUCGCACAAAGAAGGCUUUACGAGAGACCAAAUUCAGCCGAAAAAUGUGAAAAAGCUGCGCAAUGCAGAGCACAAGGCAGCCGAUGUCAACUAUUCUCCCCACAUGAACACAAAUGAUCCGAUUAUGAACCAAGUUGAACAAAAUCACUCGAAAGGGCAUGGCAUACUAUUUUCCCGUUAUACUGAGAAGGCGAGCGGGAGCAAAAGGAAUGAAAAUACCAUGGCUAACCAUUACAAGAAGUCCUCUGUGGCUGUUGAGGGUUUAUCAGCUUGUAAUACGUGUCAUGUUGCAGGAGCCGCUGAGGAGCCAUUCCAUCUCUGGUCAUCUUCUACGAUUCCCAUCGUCCGCACUCCUGCUCAGAAAAAUGUUCCUCAUAAUGCCAUAUUUCAGUCUUCAGGUUUGAAGUCCCCUGGGUUAAAAGUUAGCAGCAAGUAUGAGAAGCCAAACAAGGGCUUCCUUAUGGAGAAUUCCAGUGCAGAGUACUCACAUGCUUAUUCCAGUGCGGAGAACUCACACGCUUCGAGACCAAAUGGGGUGAAGGGUCAAAGCUCGUUAGGCUCAUCGGACUUCUACUCAAAUGAGAAAAUACCCGCAUUACAUUUGCUUAGCCUCAUGGAUGGUCGUUAUGGUCCGAAUAUCAAAGGAAACUCAAGGCUUGCAAAACAGCCUUCUUCGAUUCCUUGCGGGUACCCUCCUAAGGAGUUAAACUUUGGAGCAUACAGGGCAUCGGAGACGUUGAGAUGCCCGUCUUCUGAUUAUCGUACCAUAAAUUUCCUUGCUUCAGGAAAACACGACAACCUUUCAUCUGCAGUCCCGAUAGGCUCAUCUUCGUCAUGGUUUGAAUCACAUGAAAAUCUCAGAAAUGGAGUGAUGGGUCAGGUCCCACUCAAGGUUCGUGAGAAAGGGAAGAACAAAUGCUCUGAUCUCAUUGGGUCGAUUGGAGGCUUGGGCUCACAAAAGUAUGUGCCUUCUGGGUGUAUUCCUGUCUACCAUCAGGAGACAAAAGAACUCAUCGGGGCAUCAAAUUCUGUGGUAUAUCGGUCGAAAUGUCCUCCUGUGGAUAAUUCUGAGAAGGAGCACCUGAGAAGUACUACCAGCUCUGUUUGGCCUCCGAGAUACAGUUUGGAGAUGGGAAUUUGCACAGUUAACAGAAACCCAGCUGAAUUUAGUGCUCCAGAGGUGGGAAAUGUGUACACAAUUGGAGGAAGUGAACUGAGGUUCGGAAAGAGAGUUCGAGCACCGGAGUGGUCUGCAGCGUCGAUAAUAGACUUGGAACGACCAAAGCGAGGGAGGAAAAAGAAGAUUGCCACCGCAAAUCACCAACAAGCUGAGCAUCCUCAGAUUCUGUGACUGACUCUCUAGCCCAACAUUCUCAGGCAGGUUCUUCAUUUGCCUACCAGAAAGAAAUCGAAACGACAAGAAUACCUCAACACCGAUCAAUAUACUGCCGCUUUGUUACUACACCAGAUUUUGGUUCAGUCAGGAGGCGGCCCAUGCUCGUUUCAGAGAAGCUCUGGAACCCCUUCCACUCUUGUAUUUUAUCCAUAGAUCCGUGUUUCUACAAAGGUAAGGCCUGUAAAUACAGACGAAUGUCUUCAUCCUUUGUUUAAUUUUGGUCAUCGCGCUUCGAAUCUGCGGAAGUCCUCGAGAGUCUGAAAGCAUAUAAUCGGUCCAAGAGCUGCUUGGUCGGAGACAAGUGGAGGUUCGGACGGAGGUAUUUAGAAGGGACCCCAUGGGGGGUUCGACAAUAAGUUAGGAGUUUGCUUAGCACAUACACGAGUUGUAAUAUAACAGUGAUGAAACUUAAAAAGACAGACAUAGGAUGCUUGUUUUGUUGUUGAAGUGUUAAAUUCAGUCGGCAAAUAAGAACACCGAGACAUCAGAUUUUGGGGAAUGUCUUGUUUUUUGUUUUA